UUCGGAAUGCAUUCUUCAGCGAACCAAACAUUAGCUGUAUCGACAAGAGCAAGCUACUACUAAGCACUAAGAAGUCACAUUUAAACAGCAGAGCUCAAACUUUGUCCCGAAUUCAAGAUGUCAGACGAGGAAGAGGACUAUAUGUCCGACGCAUUCAUCAGUAAAACACAAGAUGUGAAGCCAGGCUUGCCGAUGGCUAAGCGGGUAAAGGAUGCAAUGAAGAAGGAAUUGCAAAUGAAGGAGAGGAAUCUUAUGAAUCGUCAGAAGACCUAUAAAGAGCAAGAGAAGGAAAGCAGAGAAGCAGCUAUGCACAACACCAUCACCAGCGGGAACAAAGGAUUUGCACUUUUGCAGAAAAUGGGCUACAAAGCUGGGCAAGGCCUUGGAAAACAGGGUGCAGGAAGAGUUGAACCAAUUCCGCUUAAUAUAAAAACCGACAGAGGGGGCAUUGGAAUGGAAAAAGUAAAAAAGAGAAAAGCAGAGCAGGAACUUGAACACUAUCGACAUAAAGCACAAGUGAGGCAGCAGAAUGAGACACAAUCAUUGGAAGAUUUCAAAGUGAGGGUGAGGAGUGAGCGAGAGGAGAGAAAGAUUGAAGGAGAUCUUAGAAGGAGUCAGCGGGCAUGUGAACAACUUGACAGUCAAAAGAGCAUCUCCGUUCCCAGGGAGGAUUGGUAUUGGCCCACACCAGAGCCGGUUGAGGAGGAAGAUGAUGACGAGGAAAAGGAAGAAGAAGAAGAAGAAGUGAAAGUAAAGGAAGAAGAAAAAGAAGAGGAUGAGGAUGAGAUAGUGGAAUUAACGACCUUUGACAAGCUGCAGAUCCUGACCUCCUACCUCAGGGGGGUCCAUUUCUACUGCAUAUGGUGUGGGACCACGUACAAUGAUGAAGAGGAUUUGUGUGCCAAUUGUCCAGGGGAUACGGAUGCCGACCAUAUGUGAAGCAGAUGAUGGGUUGUGCCUUUAUACCAGGGACAGAGCACUCAUCAUGGUGUAACUGACUAUAUUUAACUAUAUAGCUCUUGUUUGUUGUAAAUAAAGCGUUUUGUAAUGUA